UGCGUGUGUGGAUCUGUGCGAUCCAUGGAGGAUUAUUCCACUGGUCGGUAAAUUCAGAGCAGACAUUCCUACAUCCAUCGAUCGUGUCGGCCCAUCUCUGCCUGCCUCAAGCUUCCUGGCAACAGAAUAUCCGUCCAUCCGGCCUGCGUGCAGCCAGUGGCGUCGCGUCAUGGCGUCCAAUCCAACAUCAGCUACGUGUAGUGUGCUCUCAUCUCCGUUUCUUCCAGAGUCAGUUCGCGCGCGCACUGGAGUGCCAGGAGAAAAGUGGGUGGGUGCCCAUAUCCAUAUGCUGAUCCAGCCCACACGUGGCCGCUCGGCCACGCCCACCCACACGGCUCAGCGUUACAAGAAGGCCGCCACCCAGGACAAGGGAGUAGCGAGCCACCGAAACGCGCGCACACAACACAGUGACUAACAUCGGUCCGGGAUAGUUCUAGUUUUUCCAGCCAUGCUCUCCACCGGCCGCGCGGUGACCUCGCCCGCGUGCGCUGCCCAGCGCCGGUUCAUGGGCGCGGCGCCAAGGACGGUGGUGUUCCUCGCCGGCGACCACGGGAAGCGAGCUGCUGCUUCUGUGGCAGCGCGCGCCGCCGGCCCGUCCCACCCCGGUGUCUGCCUCGAGGCGGCCGCGCCGUGGAGCAUGGAGGACGUCGCGGCGCCGGUGACCGUGUCGUACGAGGAGAGCGUGCGCCAGGUCGUGCUCAAGCAGGCGGCGCUCGCGGCCUCGACCACGCCGAGGAAGGCGCGGCUUUCCAGGCGCGACGCCGGCGUGCUGGACGAGGCCUUCGACCGCUGCGGCGCGGUGUGCAAGGAGUACGCCAAGACGUUCUACCUGGCCACGCAGCUCAUGACGCCGGAGCGGAGGCGGGCGAUCUGGGCAAUAUACGUGUGGUGCCGUAGGACGGACGAGCUGGUGGACGGCCCGAACGCGGCGCACACGUCGGCGCUGGCGCUGGACCGCUGGGAGUCGCGCCUCGACGGCGUCUUCGCCGGCCGGCCCUACGACAUGCUCGACGCGGCGCUGGCCGACGCCGUGGCCGCCUUCCCGGCCGUCGACGAGCGGCCGUUCCGGGACAUGGUCCAGGGCAUGCGCAUGGACCUCGCCAAGUCCCGCUACGCCACCUUCGACGAGCUCUACCUCUACUGCUACCGCGUGGCCGGCACGGUCGGGCUCAUGACCGUCCCCGUCAUGGGCGUCUCCCCGGGCUCCCAGGCGGGCGUCGAGACGGUGUACGCCGGUGCGCUCGCCCUCGGCGUCGCCAACCAGCUCACCAACAUCCUCAGGGACGUCGGCGAGGAUGCGAGGAGGGGCAGGAUCUACCUGCCGCAGGACGAGCUCGCCACGGCCGGCAUCUCCGAGGCGGACAUCUUCGCCGGUCGCGUCACCGUCGAGUGGAGGAGCUUCAUGAAGGGACAGAUUGCGAGGGCCAGGGCCUACUUCCAGCAGGCCGAGCAAGGCGCCGCCGAGCUCAACCAGGAGAGCCGAUGGCCGGUGUGGGCAUCUCUGCUUCUGUACCGGCAGAUCCUGGACGAGAUCGAGGCCAACGGCUACGACAACUUCAGCAAGCGAGCCUACGUUCCCAAGGCCAAGAAGCUGGCGGCGCUGCCCAAAGCUUACCUCAGGUCCCUCAUGCCUCCUCCUUCUUCGCAGAGGCGCCGUUGAUUAGAUCCUCUAGUGUAAGUGUAACAGUAACACUACACAGAGAGCAGAGCCUUGUAGUUGUAGUAUAUAGCAGUGAUGUACAGUACAGAUUCAAGCUAGACCUUGUGAGUACGUUUUUUUUUUGCAAUGUACAAAGUGUUGAAGAAAAAUUAUGUGCUUGUUAGAAAAUGAUCUUGGUGAAAACAGAGAUGUAUUCAUUGUGGAUGGUCAUCUUGGUGAGCUGGGUUGGGUGUCUAUCUA